AUGGCGGAUAGUGGAAGUAAAAAAGGAGAUGAUGAUGAAGUUCCUGGUCGUGUGAAGGAAAACUUGUGUCAACCAUGUUUAAGUAAGGAUAAGCAAACUGUAGCUGACAAGUUUUGUUCAACUUGUAAUGAAUUCCAAUGCAAUGAUUGUUCAAAUGUACACAACGUGCUCGCCAUCUUGAAAAAUCAUAAAUUGGUGAGCGUGAAAGAAGCUGAUGUUGCACGUUUUUCGUUUAAAAUGAAGGCCUUAGAUCUAUGUGAUCAACAUCAACAUUCUUUUGAAUUUUUCUGUGAAGAUGAAAAGAAGCUCUGCUGUAGUAAAUGUGCUAUUGUUAAUCACAGAAAAUGUCACAGCGUUGUAGAAAUUGAGAAGAUUACCGGAAAAAUAACCUCGUCAAUUUCUAUCUUUGGGGACAAAUUGAAGGAAGCUAAGGAAGCUGCUGAGAUCGUUGCGAGACAUAUUCGCUCUUCACAAGAUCAACUUGCUCAAGAUAUAAAAGAAAUACAAGUAAAGAUAAGACGAAUGCGAGACGAAGUAAUGGAAAUGUUUGCCGAUCUAGAAGAUUCCUUUAACAAAAGAGCUGAAACUCUGCAGAAAGAAACAUUACAAAAUCUGACAAUGAAGCAAACACAAAAUGAGAAACAUUUGGCUGAUGUAACAUCGUGCUUAGAGACGAUUGAAAAUAUUUUAAAAAAUGGAACUUCAGUACAGAAAUAUGUAGCAGAACAUAAACUGGAGAGUGAAGUCAAUGCUCUCUGCAAAAACAUCAAGGAGGAAUGUCAGAACUUAGAGAAGGUGAACAUUUCUUUUCAAUUUGACGAAACAUUAAAACUGCCACCUUUCCCAAUUACUGAAUAUGUUCCAGGACAAUUACAAUUAAAGUCAAAUUGCCAGGAAGAUUGUGUUGACAUGACGAGGAAGUUAACACCAGUUUCUUCUGUUGAUUUGGAAAAGACGGGAGAUGAUAUCGAAAACCCGUUCUAUACAGGCAUAGAUUUUCUACCUGAUGGUAGACUGGUGGCUGUUGAUAACAAAAACAAGAAAUGUUUAUUGUACAAUGAGCAGCUGGAGAAAGUAGGAUCAUAUCAGCUUCCUUACAAACUAUUAUCUGUUGUUGUAGUAUCUGAGGAGGAAGUAGCGAUAACAAAAUGGUAUUGA